GAGAGAAGGAGGAGAAAAGAAGAAACGCGUCGGAGGCGACGAGCGAGAGAGAGAGAGAGAGAGAGAGAGAGGAAGCGGAGAAAGCGGAGAAAGUUGGCAGAGGAGCGAGAGUGCGACAGGAGAGGAGAAGCCUCGAUCAGAUGGGAGGAAGGAAGGACGGCACCGCUGCGUGGGCUCAAGUGCGCAAUUAAGACGAUAAAUAACACGUCUAUGAAUCAAAGCCUGUUAUAAGAGCGCGAGGCCGGGGGCGCGUCGCGGCGUUGCGCGGACGCGGACAAGACAGCGGCCGUGCGCGCUGACACAGUCGAGCCCCGUCUCCCUCCGUCUGGACUCCACUCCUCAUGUUCUCCGAACUCGCGGCGAGCUCCGGCAACUUUUCGAGCUGAAGAAAACCCCUCCCCUUCCAAUUGACUCUCUCCCCGGAAAAGAAGAGGACGCUCGGAUCUUGGCAGCGGAGCGGGAGGGGCCUUCGCGGGAGUCCGGCUCGUCGUAGCCGGGGGUUCGAGGAGUUGGCACGCGCGCAGGGAGUCCCUCGUCAUGGCCGGGGCCAAGCCGGGAGUGCACGCGCUGCAGCUCAAGCCUCCGUGCGUCCACGAGGCGCUGAAGAAGGGGGGCAAGUUCGUCAAAUGGGACGAGGACCCCAACAGCGUGCCCACCCUGGUAACACUGAAAGUGGACCCAGAUGGAUUCUUUCUCACAUGGAGUGGAGGCAACAACAUGGACGCGGAGAUCCUGGACAUGAGCAGCAUCAGAGACACGAGGACAGGAAAGUACGCCAAGCAGCCAAAGGACGCGAAGCAGCGCGACGUGCUGGGCUUCGGGAGAGACGACAGCGCAGAGGGGAAGCUCCUCUCCAUCGUCUACGGCAACGACCUGGUCAACAUCUCCUUCCUCAACCUCCAGGCCAUGAACGAGGACGAAGCAAAGCUGUGGACGGAUGAGCUGUUCUUACUGGCCACAAACAUUCUGUCCCAGAAUGCAUCACGGAACACCUUCCUCCGCAAAGCGUAUGUGAAGUUAAAGCUGCAGGGGACCGCGGAUGGGAAGAUUUCCAUGAAGAACAUUCUCAAACUGUUCUCGGACAAAAGGCGGGUGGAGACGGCUCUGGAGCAGUGUGGCCUCAGCAGCCCGGCGGCCAAUAACAGGGCAGAGGGAGUAAAGCUGGAUGAUUUCACGUGGGAGGCCUUCCAGAAGUUUCUUGACAGCCUCUGUCUCCGGCCUGAGAUACAAAGCAUCUUUGAUGAGAGUGGCUCAAAGAGGAAGCCCUUCAUCACCUUGGACCAGUUCAUGGACUUCAUCAACCGCAGGCAGAGAGACUCCAGGUUGAACGAGGUUCUGUACCCGCCACUGAAGAGAGAGCAUGUCCGGCAGAUCAUGGAGAAAUAUGAGAAAAACAUCAGCCAGCUGGACAGAGACCAGAUCAGCCUGCAGGCGUUCAGUCGGUACCUGGAAGGAGAGGAGAACGGCAUCGUGCCUCCAGAGAGGCUGGACGUCAUCGACGACAUGAACCAACCGCUGUCCCACUACUUCAUCAACUCCUCACACAACACGUACCUCACAGUGGGUCAGCUGACGGGCCUGUCGUCCGUGGAGAUGUACAGGCAGGUGCUGCUGACGGGCUGUCGCUGUGUGGAGCUGGACUGCUGGAAGGGCCGGACCCAAGACGACGAGCCCUACAUCACCCACGGCUUCACCAUGACCACGGAGAUCUCCUUCAAGGAGGUGAUUGAAGCCAUAGCAGAGAGUGCUUUCAAGGCGUCUCCGUACCCAGUCAUCCUGUCCUUUGAAAACCACGUCGAUUCGGCCAGGCAGCAGGCCAAGAUGGCUGAGUACUGCAGGACCAUCUUUGGAGACGCCCUGCUCAUCGAUCCACUGGACAAGUAUCCGCUGCUCCCAGGUCAGCCGCUGCCCUCGCCCCAGGAUCUGUUGGGAAAGAUCCUCGUUAAGAACAAGAAGAACCACCACCGGCCCCGGCCAUCGAGCGGCGGCAGCAUACGGCGCAGAGAGGGGGAGCAGGCGCCGGCCAACAACGACAACGAUGGAAACCAGAUCCUGUCCAACGGGGAGGAGAAGCUGGCUGAGAAGAUGAUCAAGGAGGCUGAGCCUCGCAAGUCCCUCGGAGGCGAAGGGGAGAGUGAGGAAGAGGAGGAGGAGGAGGAAGGCCUGGACCCCAAAAAGAACACUGACGAGGGUACAGCAGGCAGCGAGGUGAAGGCCACAGAGGAGAUGUCCACGCUCGUCAACUACAUCGAACCAGUCAAAUUCAAAAACUUUGAGAUGGCAGCCAAAAAGCAGAAGUUUUUUGAGAUGUCCUCAUUUGUAGAAACCAAAGGCCUGGACCUACUGAAGAACGCCCCCUCUGAGUUUGUAGAGUACAACAAGAACCAGCUGAGCAGGAUCUACCCCAAAGGCACCAGAGUGGACAGCUCCAACUACAUGCCCCAGCUCUUCUGGAACGCCGGCUGCCAGAUGGUGGCGCUGAACUUCCAGACCCUCGACCUGCCCAUGCAGCUGAACAUGGGAGUGUUCGAGUACAACGGCAAAAGCGGCUACCUGCUGAAACCCGAGUUCAUGAGAAGGACCGACAAACACUUUGACCCGUUUACGGAGAACAUAGUGGACGGGAUCGUGGCCAAUACGAUCAAGGUCAAGGUGCUCUCUGGCCAGUUCCUGUCGGAUAAGAAGGUGGGCGUGUACGUGGAAGUGGACAUGCUUGGAAUUCCUGCGGAUACGAAGAGGAAGUACAGAACCAGAACCUCCAAUGGGAACUCGCUGGACCCUGUGUGGGAGGACGAGUCGUUUGUCUUCAAUAAGGUCGUGCUUCCUACACUGGCCUCUUUGAGAAUAGCCGUGUUUGAGGAAAACGGCAAGUUCAUUGGACACCGGAUCCUCCCUGUGUCGGCCGUUCGACCCGGCUACCACUACAUCAACCUUAAGACUGAGCUGAACCAGCCGCUGCUGCUGCCCUCGCUGCUGGUUUACACCGAGGCUCAGGACUACAUCCCCAACCAGCACCAGGAGUACGCAGAGGCCCUUACCAACCCCAUCAAGCACAUCAGCGAGCUGGACAAGAGGAACACCCAGCUGGCUGUUCUCAUGGAGGACGGCAGUGAGUAUGUCACCAGAAAGCCCAAAAAGGAGGAGACCAAGAAGGAGAGCGACGGCGUCCCAGGAGGUCGCCUUCCAGCCCCCUUUAACCCUCUGCCCCCGAGCUCUAUGGACGAGGUGCCCGAUGGGCCCAAAGUGCCUGUUCCAGUAACCCCUCAGAAGGAAGAGCUCGUAUCCAGUGUUAUGGAAGAUGUCUGCGUCGUCUCCAUGGAGGAACUGAUGGAGCAGAAGAACUACAUAAAGCUAAUAAAGAAACACGAGAAAGAUGUCAAAGAGCUGCGUAAAAAACACCUCAAAAAGGUGUGGGCUCUGAGCAAGGAGCAGAAGAAUCGCAGCAGCCAGCUUCAGUGUGACACCCAGAGGAGGCGCAGUCAGAUAGAGAAGAACCUGAAGCGCAGCAUCAAGAAAAAUGAAUCCCAGGACCCUGUGCGGCGGGAGCUGACGGCGCUGGACCAGGAGCUGGAAAAGCAGGCGGUCGAGCUGAGGGAGUGGCAGAUGAAGGAACUGCUGAAGCUUCGGCAGGAGCUUUUCUCCCAGGAGAGAGCCAUGAAGAUGGAAAACCAGAUGGAGGCCUUUGAGAUGUUAAAGGAAACGGCCAGCAAAUGUCAUACACUUCAGCUGAAGAAGCUUCAGGAGAUGUGUGAGAAGGAGAAGAAGGACCUUCAGAAGAUCCUAAACAGGAAGCGACAAAACAGCAUCAGCGAAGCUAAAAACCACAGCAAAGAAAAAGCUGAGAAGGAGCUGGAGGACAUCAACAGGAAGCACAUACAGGAAUCCGUGGCCUCCAUUCGUUCGCUGGAGUUGGCUCAGCUCAAGAGGCAAGAAAAAGUGGUUCUAGACCAUAAGAAUGUGAUGCAGCGCUUUGAGGAUCAACUGCCAGAGCUGAAGUCCCAGCUGGUGAAGGAUCUGGAUGAAGAGUACAAGCGACUACCUGAAGAAAUCUGCCAGCACCUGAAGAUGGAGCUGCAGAACAAAGGUCUUCAGAAGGAUGCCCUUUUCUCCCAGCUGUCCAACCACAGCAGCCCCAGCACCGGCUCGGACCCACCCUCCAACUGCUCCUCGCCCUCCGACCCAUCCUCGCCCAAUCGGAGCGCCUUCUACAGGAGCACAGACAAUACGCCUUCUUUUCUGGCCGACUCCGAGGCCGAGCUGUCAAUCAGUUAGAAUAUUACUUGUAAUAAGGAAAAUGUAUAAAUUCCUCUGGGGUCUAUAAUGAUUAUAAUGUGGCAUAGUAAUGAUAUAGAUUAACUAAUUUUAUUCCUUUUUUAUCACAGACUGUCUACAGAGUUAUAUUAUUUUUUAUUUUGCUGUUUUUGACACAUGUUGACUUUCGUUGGAGGAUUUCGUGAAAUCGUAGUCAGUCUUUAUUCCUAUGGCUUUUAAUAACGCCUCACUUUACUUUUUCUUGCCUCCAUGUCCUGUUUCGUUCAGACGCGUACAUUUUGCUGCACCGCAGGCCGAUCGUUCCUGCAGCGGCUUCACUGGGUCGAUGCAGUUGUUGUGUCUGCUCAGCAUCUAUUCACGCAUGCUAGCCUGUGUUCGGAAAGACCCGACAGAGUUGUAAGAAAAGUUUCACUACACAAUUUGGACGUUUUGUUUGUAGCGAUCACUGACAUUUGUUUGAGUUACCUUAUCUGUGUAGAACAAUUCUAAACGCAGCCUGUGGAGAUGCCUUCAGAAGCCGCACAGCUUUUACAUGAGUGGAAUUAGCCCCCGUUUUAAAAGACCAGGUCCAAGUCCUUAUUUUUAGCCGUAAUCGCAGUAAUUGUCCAGCAGGGGGCGCUGCAACACGCGCAUUUGUGUUUGAGCUGGCUGCUCCUCCAUCCAGCCUGGUUAUCCUAUUAUACUUCACCACCAACGCACACACACACACACCUGUCCUGCCAGGGUUUGCAGCAUCACUGGUCGGGAUAAUCUCUCCGGCCCUAAAGCUUCAAUCGAAAUCCAGCCAAGGCUGCAUGACGGUCAGUGAGCAGACGUCCAUCUGGAUAGUGUGUGUGUGUGUGUGUGUGUGUGUGUGUGUGUGUGUGUGUGUCUUUUGUAGUAAAAGAGGGAAGAUUUAAGUGAUGUAACAAAGUAACAUUUUCUCAGAAACCCAGAGUCUGAAAACAAAACAUAAUCAUCCUGUCCUGUCUCAGCAAAGAAGUCACACACACACUCACUUGCUACUCAUUAACAUAAUGCAUUUCAUAUUUUCUUACAGUAACUUUAGCCGAUGCACCUAAAUGCCUAAUCCCAACUCCAACCUAGACCCAAUUCAAAUUCUUAAAACCAUCCUUCGUACAACUAAAGUGUAUUCACACAAACAUAGAAAGGCUCAGACAUCAGGGAUGAACUUCAGUAAUGAAACUAACUUAAAAUAACUCCACAGGGUAUUUGUGUGUGCGUGUGUGUGUCUGUGUGCGUGUGGCCAGAAGUUAAUCUCUUGCAGAGACAUCUGCUUCUGAGGACACUAAUACUUCCUGCUAAAUGGAAAGAGUCUGUUCAGUGUGUGUGUGUCUGUUUGCCACUUUGGUGGACGUCACAUAGCGCCGCAGUAGCAAACGCCACUGUAGGAGAGAGUGUGUGGAUUAUGACUUAAAGCUAGAAAAUUUCAGUGUAGAAACUCAUGCGUGUGAGGACGCCUCUCCCCUGCGACUUAGACUUUACAGAUUUGCUCCAUUUACUUAAUUAUUCUGGGUUUAGCGUCGGACAGCGCGGUGUGAAAUCGUGUUAUGACCCAGAAAAAGACCUCGCUGGCCAGAACCGUUUGAGGUCCUGUCAACAAAGCAAAGAGAAUGUAACUAAACUAGUUAUAGGAAUGAAUCAUUUUAUUAUGAGAGAGCCCUUUAAAUUGAAAAGCUUUAAACUGAUUUAAAUAAUUAAUUUUAAACUGAUGCACAAACUACAGCGAACAAUGGUACUUUGAGUUAAAAAUGUGUCUCCCAACAUCCUGUUAGACUAUUUAUUUCAUGGUUCUUUCUCAGCUGUGUUUCUUUUUUGGGGUAAAAUGACGACAACUCUAUGUAUAUGUAGUUUGUGAAUAUUACGCAGUUCGUUGUAUGUGAAUUCUUUUACUACUGACAAGUGCUGCAGGUGACGAUGAACGAGGUGGAGAGAGUGAAUUCAUGAGUUGAUUUUUUUUUUCGGGUCCUUUUCCGCUUCGCUCUGCUGAUGAGCCCUGUCCAUGUACUUACACAUGCAACAAAGCUUUACUGACUUUCCUUUUGUACUUGAGCCUUUUAUCGAAUGGGGCAGAGGGAGAUCUUGGCUGCUUUAACAGUUUGUAAUGAUGUAAUACGUACCUAUUACAAAUUCUUCUUGCGGAAA